UUGUUUGCAUGUCUUUUCCUCCCCUUGUACGCCAGACCACGACCUGCAUAAAUACCACCAGAUUAUUAUCCAACAUCAGAAAGAAAGCAGCACGUCAGGAAAAACAUAAGAGGACAAACAUCAUGUUGAAAAAAGCCUUUGCAGUCUACAUUUACGCACAGGUGGCUCUUUGCGCACUGGUGAGCGCGCAGUGUCCGGCGCGCUGCAGCUGUCCGGAGCCUCCGCCGUGCGCCCGGGGUGUCCGACUCGUUUUGGAUGACUGCGCGUGUUGUCUGGUGUGCGCGAGGCAGCGCGGUGAGCUCUGCUCGGACAGAAACCCCUGCGACACACAGAAAGCUCUCCGGUGCGAUUACGCCGGCAGUGUGCACAAGAGGACAGGUGUCUGUGUAGCUCACAAGGAAAAUGUUUGUCGACUGGAUGGUGCCGUCUAUCAAAAUGGAGAGACAUUCUUCCCAAGCUGCAAGUACCAGUGCAUCUGUAAGGAUGGUCAGAUUGGGUGCGUGCCACGCUGCAACCUAGACGUGAUGCUGCCGGGACCCGACUGCCCGUUUCCACGGAGGAUCCAGGUUCCAGGAGAGUGCUGUGAGAAAUGGGUGUGCAAUGCUCAGGAUGAGAUCAGUGCACUCGGCGGCUUUGCGAUGGCUGCUUACAGGCAGGAAGAGACGGUGGGCUUUGACCAGUGGGACUCCAGUGUGAACUGUAUCGAGCAGACCACAGAGUGGAGCGCCUGCUCCAAAACCUGUGGCAUGGGAAUGUCCACUCGAGUGACCAAUAAGAACAAACGCUGCGAGAUGACCAAGCAGAGCAGACUUUGUAUGAUCAGACCCUGUGAAAACCUCAACAACCAGAGAACCACAAUAGGGAAAGGCCGGUGUCUAAAAACAAAGAGAGGCACUAAAGCCUCUCGCUUCACUUUUAAGAACUGCACCAGCGUCCAGGCCUACAAACCCCAGUUUUGUGGGCUGUGCAGUGACGGCCGGUGCUGCACCCCUCACAGCACUAAAACAGCUCAGGUGGAGUUCCAGUGUCCUGAAGGCAAGACCAUCCGGAGACCUAUGAUGUUCAUUAACACCUGUGUUUGUCAUCACCACUGCCCAAAAGACAACACCAUCUACCAGCCGCCUGCCAGCACUGUUCACAGCAGCCUCCGACUUUGAGAACUAGGCAUAUCAUUGGAGGGAAAGAAUAAAAUGUGAAUUAAUCCAUGAAGUUCAUAUACUAUAUGCACUUACGCUUUUUGAGAAUGAAAGUGUACAGUUUGGAAAGAAAUGUAGAAAGUGACAUCUUGGAGAGGGUCUACUGUGUAUGAAGUUGCCCCAACAAGAGGACUUCAAAGACUUGCACACUAAGCCGCACUUACAGUAUAAGUGUAUGGAUGUCACUGCUUUAACAAAAUAUAAACAGUAAAGAAAUUAAGACAAAAAGUAUUUGUACACUUUUGAUAAAAUAAUAUAAAGUAGAUUAGUGAUUAACUACACUUGUGGUUACUCUAUAAGGACACGCAUGUUAACCUGUGGGAUACUGCAAGUUUGUUACAAGUAAUUGCCAAAAUUGAAAGUGAUGGUCUGGCAUGAUUUGUUUGUAGAUAAAAUGAAAUCUAUAUAUCUUAAGGGUGGCUGAGUUGUUCUUCUUUACGGCACUGUGCAAAAGUAAAGUCUUGAUAUUGAUGGAUCUAACUUAUUUGCACAUUGAUCUCAGCCAAAUCACCUUCAGUCUGUGCUGUCUGGCUUUGUAAGCUGGUUUUAGUUCAGCACUUCAAAAAAGCUUUUCACCAAUGUUACAUAAAUUUAUUUGGUGAAAGGUUUGUGUAAAGGUGACCUCUCCCAUGCCCUUGUGUAAUGAAGAGAGCAGCGUGUCUUGUGUGUUAGGUCAGUCACAUAGUUGAGGAAAAUUCUUCAAGUUUUUUUCCUGUGAUAAAAACUAUUCUUCUUUUCUUUAUAUGUGAGGAUAUCUUUCUUCAGAAGCUGAUUUUAAUAUUUGUUUUGUAUAUACUUUUUGUGUAGUUUAUAAAAUGUUUUAUACACUUUAUAUGUGGCCUUACUUUGACUGUGAAAUAAAAAUGCACAUUUAAAAAAACAGUAACACAUUUUUUUACACUUCUAGUGCUGCAUAUGUAUUUCUUAAUAAAGUUGUAUUUUUUGUUAAUAAAAAGUCUUAGUUAUUGGAUAUACUUGCAAGACUUCACGAUCCCAAGCAUACAGUAGAAAAUGCGCCAUCUUGUGAUUAAACUAAUAUUGAAAUCUUUGUAAAUUCAAGGAAAGAAUUGGUAGAUUUAUUGGAUGUUUUUUAUUUAUUUAAAAAAUUAUCAGCCAAUCAAAGCAGAGUUUGAAAGCUUAUUAUGUCUUUUUGUUUAUAAUGUGUAAAUAGUAAAA